AUGGCACCAGACCCCGACGAGGACGAUCUUUCCGACCUUGAUGAUAUGCUGGACGACUUCUCGGCCACUUCCCUGAAAGAUACGAAACCGACUGCUCCUUCCACUGCCACCGUACCUUCCUCAGCUGCUGCUCAAUCAAAACCGUCCUCCUCUGCUGCAGCUCCACAACCAUCUACCGAGGACGAUGAUUUUGCCCGUCAAUUACAGGCUGGCAUGGCCGAGCUGCUGGGAGGUCUCGGAGACGACCCAGAAAUGCAGAAACAAUUCCAAGAAAUGAUGAAGGAACUCAGCGCCGCCGCCGAACAAGAAGCUGCCGGUACAGCNUACCCUCCAGCAGACACUGCCUCCAAGCCAAACACCGCACCAACCCCUCCUUCAUCUUCGUCCACCGCCAAACCCGCCUUUGCUUCAACCAUAGAAAAGACAAUGGAACGCAUGCAAGCCUCCGGCCAAUCCGCCUCUGCCGCCGCCGCAAGCUCCUCCCAAGACGACAUGCUAGCCCAAAUGCUCAAAGAUCUCGAAUCCGGCAACUUNCCCGCCAUGGGCGGCGAGCAAGGAGACUUCAACUCCAUGCUCAUGGGCAUGAUGGAACAGCUAGUCAACAAAGACAUCCUCUACGAGCCCAUGAAGGAGCUACACGACAACUUUCCCAACUGGUUGGAAAAGAAUAAAGACUCGACGUCCAAACAAGAUUUGGAGCGCUACGAGACACAGCAAUCUGUCGUCAAGGAUAUUGUUGAAAGAUUCGAAAAGAAGGACUUUAGUGACGACAAUAAAGAAGAUAGAGAGUAUAUCGUGGAUAAGAUGCAGCAGGUAUGUGUGCUUGUUCUCCCUGUCUUGUGUUUUGUGCUUGCUGACGUUCGAUANCAGAUGCAAGCAGCAGGGGCCCCUCCCCCUGGCCUGGUUGGCGACAUGAAUGCAGCCCAAGAUAUGCUUAGUGAAGCUGAUGGCUGUCCUCAACAAUAA